AUGAAAAACGACACCAAGAUUGCGGGUUGUUGCGAGCGGGCGGUGGAGCAAAAUAUCGGCUAUGUUUGGAUCGACACGAUUUGCAUCGACAAAUCGAGCAGCACGGAGCUGUCCGAAGCCAUCAACUCGAUGGGCAAGUGGUACCAGAGGGCGGUCUGUUGCUUUGCCUAUCUCUCAGAUACAGGCGACAUUUCCUAUAGCGGUGCGGAUGCCACGCUAAAGCUCCCCACGCAUAGUAGGUGGUUCACGCGCUCUUGGACGCUACAGGAGCUUCUUUCCCCGUACGAGGUCAUGUUCUACGACCGCCGGUGGACUCACUUGGGCUUCAAAACCCGCGGCUUCUCGGGAUCGUCGGACCCAGCGAGGCAAGCGCUGUGCCUCUCAGCCCGGAUUUCCACUCUGACGGGCAUCCCCGAAAAGUACAUCCUUAGCCGCUCCGAGUUGUCCAAGGCGAGCGUGGCGCAGAGGAUGAGCUGGGCGGCCAAACGGCAAGCGACGAGGAGGGAGGACGUGGCGUACUCCUUGAUGGGCUUGUUCGGAGUCCACAUGCCCAUGUUGUACGGCGAGGGCGAUAAUGCGUUUAUCCGGCUGCAAGAGGAGAUUUUGCGCACCACAGACGACGAGUCCAUCUUUGCCUGGGGAUACGGGCUCGAGGAGCGUAGCACCAAGGGCGGCGUGUUUGCGUCGUCGCCAGCGGAUUUUGCGCGCUGCGGCCGCGUGGGGACGGUACCGCUAUACCAGAGCUGGGCGGAGAGCCCGCUCUCGCACUACUCCAUGACGAACAAGGGCCUCUUUUUCGAGCGGCCCGUCGUCAAGCUCCCGGGGUUGUUUGAAACCUACCUCCUCCCGCUAGACUGCGUGCUGGAGCCGGGACCGGGCCAGGAACCUUCGUGCGGCCCCACGCCGACAAAGAUUUUCGCGCUCCCGCUUGCCGGCACAGCUAGAACGACUGACAGAUUGCACGUGACGAUAAGUAGCAAGCCGGUGCUGGUGGAUCCGCGCUAUUUUAGCAAGGUGAAGACGUUGUCAAGGGUAUACAUCACCAAAAGCCUCGGGUGGCCGAAAGACGCUGGCCUCGCGUUUCGGGUCAGGGACAAAAAGAGCCUGCCGCAGAAAAAUUUGAUGAGCGAUCCUGAGGUGAUUAGCAAUCCUGAGGUGUACCCGACCACCUGGUCUCCCCUGUUUCUCACCUCCCUGAUGCGUUCUGGCUGGGCCCAACAGACCAUCACCUCGGUGGACGCCCAGGCGCCGGUGGUCCAGACGAGGUUGAGCCAUGAUCAAGCGUACUUCCGGCUGAACGGGUCGGAGGGGGCGACUACAUCUUGCGCUUGGAGUACAAAUUUUCCCGCCAGGCCAACGACACUUGCCAGCCCGUCGACCUCAACAUCCAAGUGCAGCAGCUGA